AUGGCGACGGCGAGCCUGCCACUGCCGGAGGGCCUGAGGCUGGGUUUCGUCGGUGCGGGGAAGAUGGCGGAGAGCAUUGCCCGGGGAGUGGCCAUGUCCGGCGUCCUCCCCCCGUCGAGCAUCCGCACUGCCCACCGGCUUCCCGAGCGGAGGGAGGUCUUCCGAUCUUUUGGGGUCAAGAUAUUGGAGAAUAACGCACAGGUGAGGGAAAUUAUGAGAUGGAUGAUUUAAGAAUUCAAAAAAUAAAUUCCUGACCCCACACCGGCUCCUUGCUUGACAUAUGUUGUCUCUGAUGCCAUUCAACGAGCGGAGAGAAGAACGUACUCGCGCCCGCGGUUGAUCUAUGUCGUCUUUGAUGGAUAGACUUGGCUUCCUCGUUUGAUUUUUCUCUAUCUGCUCUUCUUUAUGUAUGAUUCCACUCAUAAACUUGUCGUAAUUGAGCUUUUGUUAGCCAUCUUUUAUAAUUUGUACGAAAAAACUUUAUCUUACGUCCUGUUGAUCCCUGGAUAUUAAAAAUACGUAUAUGUGAGUCACUCAUACUGAAAAAAUUAUAUGAAUGUUGAUUUGAGUACAUUCCUUUUAACAUCAAUUCCUUCUAUGUGGAUCACUAUUUAUUUUAGCAUAGUAGAAUUUCUUAUCUCCAGGUUCCUGAGUUGUAAUCCUUUUUUAGGGUCAAUGUGAGGGAAGUGAGAAAAGAAUCCCAAAUGGGAAGCAGCAAAUCUGGAAAAAGGAUGCUAAUAUCUGUUAGUCGGCGUCGUUAAUUACUGCUUUUGAAUUGAAUAAUAUAUUCAUUCAACAUAUGCUACGAAAUGGGAGGAACUUCCCACGCAUUAGCCAGCUCUCUUAGCCUGAUUUCGUAAUUUCAAAAUGCUUCAUUUGGCUUGAGAGACUGUUUUUAUCAUACUCGAGUUUGCAACAUUCAUUUUAUCAUGCUUCAUUUUGAAUACUUCUCUCUUGUUACAACUGUACAUUCAUUGUUGAAACAUGCUACAUAUCCCUUGAGAAACUCAUUCUAUUUUUUGACCUGAGUUUACAACAUUUAUUUUGUCAUGCUCCAUCGUCUUUGCAGACUUCUCCCUUCUUGUGACUGUGCUGUGAUCUUCCGGUGUUUUAACUCUUUGCGUUGUCAAUAGGUUGUUGACGAUUCUGACGUAGUCAUUAUUUCUGUCAAACCUCAAGUAGGUAAGUGAUUUUUUUGGUAACAUAUCAUUUAUGUGACCCAUUUUAUAAUGUCAAUUGUCAAAAUAUCUGAAGUACAGGGCUAAGCUGCGUUUUUAGAGUUCCAUGUUUGGGGGCUCCCUUAUAACGUAUAACAGGAAACAUUCAUAUUACAGCUCUUCUUUGAAAAUUCUGAACUAUGUUUAGGCAUAUUCCUAACCAUAUAUUUAGUUGCCAAAAUUAAAUAUUAAUGCUUGAGGACCCUAGCUUAUAACAAAGAUCUUAAGUCCCUUCCUAUCUUGGUGGAAAAUGUUGGAAACACAUUGUAUAAUGCAGAUUUUUUAAGGGUUGUGCUUGCAGAUAUCCACUAUUUUCAUUUCAGUGAUUAAUAUUAAGAUGAUAUGGAGUAACAAUUCAUUUAAGGUCGUGCCCUUCUUUUGGUAAAAAUAAAUUACUUCAUUCAUGGAAUGGGUCCCACAUGCUGCACGGAAUGUGGGAAUCUAGGUGGACACAGCAAAUUGAUUCAAUGACAUUUAAUGCGCAAUGGACUCUUUUCUUGACUGCUUGUAUAGGAUAAUAUCCAUUAUGCGAUCAUGAUGAUGACUUUAUGGACUCUUUCAGAUUAGAACUAAAAAUGGGAAACAUUCUGUGGAAUACAUGAAUGGAUAUCCAUUGUGCUUGAGUACUCAUUGCCAUUUGAGGUAUCUCCUGAAACGAAGAGAGAGAGAAACGGACGGAGUGGAGGAGGAAUUUCUUUGUCUCAGAGGACAAAACGGAGGAGCGGAAAGCACCUCACUUUUUAUUCCCAUUUAUCACCCAUUAUAUAGGGUGAGAACCCUACAUGAUAUCUCCAAUAUAUCAUCAGGCUAUUACAAUAUUCCACCACAAUAUGAUCACGAUUUAGAGAUCCAACAGCAUCCACUUAUUUCAGACAAGAAUCACUCAAAUUGGGACAUUGGAUUGUUCAAAACUCGAUUAAAAUCGUUGAGAAUCAACUUGGCAGAUCCAAAGAAAGUCAUCUGUUUCUGAAUCAUUUUUCUCUUACAUUCCUAUAACAGAACACCUUUUGAAUGAACUUCUAUAAAACUAACACCAUUUUCUUUAAUUGUGAAAUAAUAUUGAACAUUAUAGUUGAAAAUGUUUAAACUUAAACGUACCAUAUAGUGUCCGGAAUCUAUGAUGGAGGUUAACAAUAGUAUAUAUACAAGCUUAGAUGAUGAAUCCACAAACUGUUCUUGCUGGUAGGGGGGGGAUACGGAAAUUUGUAUUCUCAUUCUUACUCACAUGUUGGAAGUAAUUUACAUCCAUUCUGCUGAUCUCACCUGAUCAUGCUCAAUCAUCUCUGCACUAAACACACUAGUUAGUUCGCUGAAAACCGUCAUUCAUUCCAAACUGGACAAAAAUAUCAUUUCGUCCAGGAUCCCAUAUAGAAUACUUUGUGUGAUAUUGCAUUCAUUUAUCUUCCAUGCUCAUAUUUUGUCAAUCGAGGGCCUGAAAUUAUACAGUUUACCUUCUCUCCCAAAAGUCAAACCAAUGACUCCUAUGGCUAUCUCUAAAAUGGAGUUGAGCAGAAUAAAAAUGUUUUUGUGUGGUUUAAAGCUUCCAGUAUUUCCCACCCUAUCACAAGUGAAAGACUUUGACUUAAAAAAAAAUAUUGACUAUUAUAAAGUAAACCUAUAUGAAAGUUGAUUGUUCCAUAUUAUCAUGACAUAUUAUGGGAGACUCGUUUUUUCGAAAACUACAUUAUCAAUUAUUCCGAACAUAAGCGAUAUUUAUUCUCUUAUAAAAAUAAACAUUAUCUUAUAACAGAUUACCUCCAAGAUAACUGCAGUAAAAUGAAAUGGCGCACAUUUUGAAUCAUAAAACACUUUCUGCUCUUUGUAUAGUGUUUCUUUCAUGUGGAUAGUAUCAUACUUUUAGCAUUCUUGAAAACCAAAUUUAAGCUUCGAGCUUGAUAAAUAGUUUGAGGAGAGUAAGCAUUAUUUACAUUUAGAUGCAUUUUGCCCAAAAAAAAAUUUGCCUUUGGUUUAGAUGUUUCACACAAGACACAAAUGAAAUGCUACAUUUUGGGUGAUACUUCCCACCUUUCUCGGCCUCACACUGGAUAGCAAUGACUAAUAAUUAAUAGUUUUCUCAGGUCUUGUCAGACUUCACUUACUGACAAGAGGAUGAUUCGGUUUUUCGCAGUGAAGGAUGUCCUGCUGGAGCUAAAUCCGUUAUUUUCAGAGGGAAAACUUUUAGUUUCUGUCGCUGCUGGAAUUAAGAUGAAAGAUCUCCGGGUACAUAAAUUCAUCAUCUUCCUCCGAGUUUCUUUUUCUCCCAUUCCUUGUCCAUGUUACCCGUUGUAAUUUGUGAACUUUUUAUCUUGCCACACUUUGGCAUUUUGCCAUCAAACUAAAAGUGAGGUGCUCAGAUUACCUAUUACAAGGUUUGGGGUUAAUCAAGAUUACCUAGAAACGUCAAAAUUAUCAAUUUACUCUAUUAAUUAAUAUGAAUGUAAAGAAUAACUAUCAAAGUAUAUGCAAGUUUUUGGAUUAUGUAAUGAAAGCAUCUCCUCUUGGAUAUCUAUCUAUCACAGUGGAAAAUCCUGGUAAAUAGAAUGCAUGGAGACACUGACUAAAGGAUGGAUGAAAAGUGAUCAUUGUUUUUCUUCUUCCCGUGACCAUUUCAUGCUUUUUGUAACUUUUUAGACAAUGUUGACGAAUAUUACCUUUUUUUGUUGAUGGCUAAAUUAAAAUUACAGAGCAUUCUUAAUCUGUAGCAAAUUGUGUUUCUACUCAGUUUUAAUGUUAUUUUUUCCAUCUUUACCAUGGUUGAUAAUUUUUGAAAUAAGUAUUCUUGCAGGAAUGGUCUGGUCAUAGCCGGUUAGUCAGGGUAAUGCCAAACACACCAUCGGCUGUGGGUGAAGCUGCGUCAGGUGGCACUGUCUCCUUGCCUACUGUGCUUCCCAUUAGAUUAAUGCGUCAGAUCUCCGAAAAUCAACAUCAUAGCUAUUUUUAAUUUCUUACUUUUAGUUACCUCUACAUCAUAAAAGCUUGAUCAAUUAUGGCCCAUGGAGGCGCUUUUUGUGUUUUAUGGAUUCAUUUUUAAUUACUAAUUCAUGAAUUGGUCUCAUAUUGAAUCGGAAAUUAGCGGAUCUAAUUUAGGAUUUUUUCUCUUUGACUGUCAUUUAAAGAACAAAAAGUAUCUAAAAGGUGGAAGCAGGACAAUCAGAAAAAGAAACAUAAACUAGAGCGGGAUCUUCAAAGGUACGUGAGAAUGAAUAACACUAUUAAGUAUUAAAAAGCUAAAUUGUCAUAGAAAUAAUGUUUUGUUUUUCUAUUGACACCUUUUGCCUGCCACAAUUUUGAAAUGAAGCAAACAUCUCCUAUAUUUUGGAAGUGAGCAUGUGUUUUUUACUGAAAGGAAUUAAUGGGUAGCAUAUAGCUGGAAUGUAGUCCAUAAGACCAUGAUAGUCUGGUUAAAAUCGAAAGCUAUUUUAGAAUACAUUAUCAAAAUUUUAUAGGUUGGAAAAUGCUUUUGGAGAUGGAACUUCACUCAGAGUUUUACAAUGUCCAGUGCUAGGUUACUAGGUAAGUUAUAUUGACAAGGUAGGUGUGAGCCAAGGCUGAGUUUUGCACAGGUAGGGAAACAAAAACUCACCAUAAAUCAAAUAGUUCUUCUAUGGGGGUCACUACAGACACCAGACCGCUUUUGCUAACACCCUUCUUAAAGUACUAGAUGGACAGGAAGGCAGACUGUUGAGGCAGAAGAUUAGUGUGACUACUACAGAGGGUGAAUUCAUUUGACAAGGCUUGAACCAUUCAAGUCGGCUACACCUCAGAUACCUAAGCCAGACUAUUUAUAAACUUCAACUGAAUGCAUGAAUCCAUCAUUGGAUUAUUCCAUGAGGUCCCAUCUUUACCCAAACUGGGUGAAUUUGCAAGUAACGUUACUAUAAUAAUUUAUGGCGUGUGGCAUCUGGCAUGUGUGUUUACAAUGUGGCUUCAGUUCAAGUUGCGUUGAUCUGACUGGGACGAGACUCUUCUUUUGGUUAUGCCAAUAUGGUCUAUUUUCCCACAAAAUAGGGGCAUUAGGGUGUACUUAUGUCAAAGCAGCUUCCACUUUGUGCCAUAUUUUAUGACUUUCACUUCCAGAUCACUAAUAUGCGUUUUCUUGCCUCCCACAUCAUUUUCUUGCCCUAGUAUGUUUCUGCUAUGGGAAAUUGCAUGCACGCAUAUCCUUUCCACUAUAUGAUUCUUUUCAUUAAGCACAGGUAUCCUGUACAGAAAAUGCAGUGUGUUUGUCAACUAUCUUUUAUCUUUCAGUAAUGUGCUUGGGAGAACGGGCAACAAAGACUGAUGGGGAAUGGGUAGCAAGCUUGUUCACCGCUAUAGGAAAGAUAUGGAUAGCUGAUGAGAAACAUUUUGAUGCUGUUACUGGUUUAAGGUAUUAUGUGUAUUAACUUAAAUUCAUAAACAUGAAUUUUGGUUCUCCUUUCUGCUCUACGAUCCAAUAGGGAAGGGUGCGUUGACUCCUAUUUUCCUCAUGAUUAUAAUUGUGGCUAUCUUUGAGUUUUCAGCGCAAGUGGCCCUGCAUACAUCUUUCUCGCCAUAGAAGCCAUGGCUGAUGGUGGAGUUGCCGCCGGUCUUCCAAGAAAUCUUGCACUAAGCCUGGCAUCCCAGACAGUAAGUGCUUUGGACACUAGAAGAUUAUAGAUACCUCAAGAUGAGCACUUGUUUCUGUGUUACAUAUGCGUUCAAACUAGCGGUUCAACUCGCAGACUUCAGAUUUUCAAAGUAAUGACGGUAGCAUUCGGGUAGUAAUUCACAUUUUAUCCAUUUUCAUAGGUUCUAGGCUCAGCAGCAAUGGUGAACCGUACAGGGAAGCACCCAGGCCAGCUGAAAGAUGAUGUGGCCUCCCCUGCAGGGACUACAAUAGCGGGGAUACAUGAGCUGGAGAAAGGUGGCUUCCGCGGAACCCUGAUGAAUGCCGUCAUUGCAGCUACAAAUCGGUGCAGGGAACUCUCAAAGUGA